AUGAAGUCCUCCUUUGGCCUCCUCGCUCUGGCAGCGGCUGCCAAACUGGUCAACGCCCACACCACCGUCUUCGCCGUGUUCAUCAACGAUGAGGACCAGGGCCUGGGUAACUCCGCCGAGGGCUACAUCCGCUCGCCGCCCAGCAACAGCCCCGUCACCGACGUCACCUCGAAGGACAUGACCUGCAACGUCGGCGGCGACAAGGCCGCCGCGAAGACCCUGCCCGUCAAGGCCGGCGACAAGGUCACCUUCGAGUGGCACCACGACAAGCGCGACGCCUCGGACGACAUCAUCGCCUCGUCGCAUCUGGGCCCCGUCAUGGUCUACAUGGCCCCCACCAAGAAGGGCUCCGCCGGCGACGGCUGGGUCAAGAUCGCCGAAGAAGGCUACACCGAUGGCGUCUGGGCCGUCGACACCCUCAUCAAGAACAAGGGCAAGCACUCCGUCACCGUCCCCGACGUCCCCGCCGGCGACUACCUCUUCCGCCCCGAGAUCAUCGGCCUGCACGAGGGCAACCGCGAGGGCGGCGCCCAGUUCUACAUGGAGUGCGUCCAGCUCAAGGUCACCUCCGACGGCGCUAGCACCCUCCCCGCGGGCGUCUCCAUCCCCGGGGCCUACAAGGCCAACGACGAGGGCGUUCUCUUCGACAUCUACAGCGACAUCAAGGACUACCCCAUCCCCGGCCCCGCCGUCUGGGACGGCGCCGACGCGGGCGGCGACAAGGCCCCCAAGCCUACUGCCGCUCCCACCUCUUCCAGCUCUGAGGCCGCCCCCGCCCCUACCACCUCCGAUGCUGCUCCCGCUCCCACCGACGCCGCUCCCACCGACGCCCCCGCCCCGCCCGCCCCUACCACCUUCGCUACCAGCACGAAGCCCACCGCUGCCCCUCCCAGCACUACUGCUCCCGCCGAGGGCGGCGCUGUCGCUAUCUACCAGCGCUGCGGCGGUGUCGGCUACACUGGCAGCGCCAGCUGUGCCAGUGGUCUCAAGUGCCAGAAGUGGAACGAGUACUACCACCAGUGUGUGCAGGCUUAA